AUGCACGGGCUGUCUGCUCGUUACGCUGACCCGCCUAGAGAGCCGCUGCACCUCUCACAUAUUUUGUGUGUACCCGUAGUUGCUGCUGCUGCUGCUGCUGCUGCGGUGUUGCAGCAGCAGCAGCAGCAGCAACAGCAACAGCAGCAGCAGCAGCAACAGGAGCGGCAGCAUGCAGGCUCAGGUGUGCAGACGAGCGCAGUUAAGCGUCAUUGGGGGGAAGCUUCCUUGCUGCAGAGACCUGCUGCUCUGCUGCUGCUGCUGCUGCAGCAGCAGCAGCAGCAGCAGCAGCAACGGAAGCAACAGAAGGAGCAGCACGUGCUGCAGCAACAGCAGCAACAGCUGCAGCAAGGGUAG